CUAAAGCAAAUAUGGCAGACACAUAGCACCCUCUAAACUAACAAACCAAACGGAAUGUUUCAACAAUACUCAGCUGUCAGAUGAAUUGGCAGCUCUGGCGAUUUUAGGGAAACAAGCUGCCGCCUUGGUAGCAGGGCUGAGGACGGACGGAUUAACUAUCCGAUUCGGUUCUCUUCCAGAGAAUGGCCAGCAGUCCAGAUCGGAUCUUAAACCACGAGAAGUGCAGGGUGACCACAUUCCGCGGUUUACUGUUGCGGCAGAUGCCAUACCCGAGGCGUCCGCAGCCGAUUCAUCUACCCUGCACAGUGACAGGCACCGAAGAUUCAAGGCUUGGAGACGGCGGAUUUUCAACGUUGGCAGAGACAAGGAUAGUCAGAGAGCUUCCAGACAGCGAGAUGGGGACCUGCGAUUUGAGGCGCUAAGGGAACGACGACUCGCAGAUUGCUGCGCACGGAGGCCGACGAAAUGGGAACGACACCAUACAAAUCGCCAUUGGAGAUGUUGCAGAUGCCAGAGCCUGGGAAUGUCCCACCGACGAGUACUAGCAGAGCGUAAGGAUGGCAGAUUCGACCAGGUUUCUCCUACAGUUCGAUGGCAGCGCAGGCCGGCCUUCAGAGAUGUUUUUCGUCAAUCGGGGAUGGAGUAUACAGGCUGUGGUCUUCAGAAGCACGAGCAGUCCAACCGUACAUCAGGGACUAAGUGCACAGGUCGUGGUCUUCAGGAGCAUGGGCAGUCCACCUGUGUUCUAAAGGUGCCACAGAUUGAGCGUAUAUGGGAGGAAAAUCAAGAUCGAGACUUUUUUAUUGAAAGUAAACGUUUCUCUUUCAAUCUAUCAAAUUCAUCAAUUCACAUCAGAGAGUCUAAACAUGGUGUUUUUUCUGAAAUUGAAUUGGAUCUUGAUGGAGCCAUGUGGUUGAUUGAAUCUUUGAAAAAGCUUGUGCCUGGAAAAUCACUAACUAACAAAUUCCUUACUAUCAUUUUUGAUAGCAAUCAUUUUGGGGGAUUGUUAGAGUUUUUUCGGGUACUAGUUCUUUGUUUAUACCGGAGGGCAAAAAGGGAUUUGGCAUCAUAAGGUUUAAAGAAGGUCUUUCUCAAGCUAUAAAUCGACUACGGGAAUCAACCCGUCCACAGGAACUAGAAUCGGCAACAACAAAUAUCUCAUCAGGUGAUCUCGCUAGGCAUAUACUUCCCCUUUGUUUGGGUGGUGAUAAUUCACAUCCUAAUAAGAAUGACUUUUCUAUUUUGGGAGCUUUGCUACAAGUUGAUAUAGAACAAGCAAAUUGUUGUGACAAAUCCGUGGAGUUGAUAUCUGUCGAGGAUAGCCACACCCUUGAACAAAAUUCUGGAUUUGAUUCCCUUAAGGACUUUUUCCAAAAUAUUAUGACUAAUGGAGUGAACUCGCUUUCUCUUUUUCUGAUCAAAGAAUUCGAAAAAACUCUUCUCUCUAUUUUGGGUAAACAGGAUGAUCUGAAGACAGGUUCUAAUGAUGAAAGGGGACGUACAGAUGUACAGGUGGCUUUGAAGGAAGAUGCUCGUGAGAAGUUAAAGAUACCAGAGCCAACGAUUGGUCUAACUAAUUCUUCAAGGGCCAACUACUAUGAUCACGAAGCUUCUAAUUUUGAGGGAUUUUUCGGCGACCCUUUUAAUACAUACUCAGGGGAUGAAUUUCUUGGUCACAUUUCGGAAAAUGAGAAGAGAGUUCCUAUUUCGACGCUUGAGGACCUUUGGGAUUCCGAUGAAAAUCGGAAUAUUUGUGAAAAAGCUUUGUUUGUGACGAGAGAAAAUUGUUUGUCUACUGGGAAUUUGAACACUCAAACAAAAAUGUACAGGAAGAAGAAUCAACGAUCACAUCUUAUGAGGACUAGAUCUCAAACACUUGUGGGACUUUAAAGACGUGUGAG